AUGGGUGAAGAAAUUGAUAGGCACGUCUUGAGGAAAUACGAAAUACAACAGAAACUUGGGAAGGGGGCGUAUGGUAUAGUGUGGAAAACGGUUGACAAGAAAACACGAGACACGGUUGCAUUGAAGAAGAUUUUCGACGCUUUUCAAAACUCAACAGAUGCACAGCGAACAUUUAGAGAGAUCAUGUUUUUGCAAGAGGUGAACAACCAUGAUAAUAUUAUACGGCUACUGAAUGUGCUGAAGGCAGAAAAUGAUAGAGAUAUAUAUCUUAUUUUUGAAUACAUGGAAACUGAUUUGCACGCAGUCAUCAGAGCCAAUAUCCUUGAGGACGUCCACAAGCAGUACAUCAUGUAUCAGUUAUUUAAAGCUUUGAAGUUCAUGCAUUCUGCUGAGCUUCUGCACCGGGACAUCAAGCCCAGCAACCUUCUGCUUAACAGUGAGUGCCAAGUCAAGGUUGCAGACUUCGGUCUUGCACGCUCCAUGGCUCUCAUGAAUAAGGAUUUAGCUGACAGGCCAGUAUUGACAGAUUAUGUUGCAACGCGCUGGUAUCGUGCUCCAGAAAUUCUCCUUGGUUCUACGAAAUAUACUUUUGGUGUUGAUAUGUGGUCCUGUGGUUGCAUUCUGGGUGAACUCUUUCGAGGGCAGCCUGUUUUCCCCGGAACGUCAACCAUGAAUCAACUCGACCGCAUUAUACAGUUAACCGGAAAGCCAACGGAGGAGGAUUUGCUUGCAAUUCAAUCUCCCUUCGCUGAAUCUAUGCUAGAGUCAUUGCCAUGCACAAGUUCAAAUACAACACGUGAGCUGAUUCCGAACACAAGCGAGCAUGCAUUUGAUUUGCUGCACAAGCUCUUGGACAUAAACCCUGAUAAGAGGAUAAUAGCUGAUGCAGCAUUGCGUCACCCAUACCUAUCGCAGUUCCACAAUCCUGCGGACGAACCAUCAUGCAACCACGUGAUAUCUAUUCCUAUCAAUGAUAAUACAAAGUAUACUAUCCAGGAGUACAGAGAAAUUUUAUACUCGGAAGUUGUAAAACGCAAAAAGGUCCCGCUUGAUUUAGUCAUUGCAUACUUUUUCUCAAACGCUAUCAUUUGUCAGGAGUUAAGACGACGCUUGCGACAGCGGGAGUUGGCUCGGCCUAAUUAA